AAAAAAAACAUAAAAAAUAAAAAAACAACCUUUUGACAGUUAAACCAUCAGAAAAACGCACCCUCUGCUCACCGGCGACAACUUCCUCCGGCCCAAGCACACCGUGUUCUGGCAUUGCAUUGUGAGUUGUUCUACUCUCGGAUCCGCAGAGGUUUUUGGGGAUGGGCGACGGAGGAUGCUGCCAGACGAUGGAUCUGCUGCGGUCCGAGCCGAUGCAGUUGGCACAGCUCAUCAUCCCGAUCGAGUCGGCUCACUGCGCCGUCUCCUACCUCGGCGACCUUGGUCUCUUCCAAUUCAAAGAUCUUAAUGCAGACAAAAGCCCAUUCCAGCGGACGUAUGCCGCACAGAUGAAAAGGUGCGGAGAAAUGGCUCGCAAGUUACGGUUCUUUAGAGAACAAAUGAAAAAGGAAGGAUUAUUACCCUCCACAAAAUCUUAUAGGAGCAAUGAUUUAGAUAUGGAUAUGUUGGAGGCAAAACUUGGGGAGCUUGAGACAGAGCUGAUUGAGAUCAACGCAAACAGUGAAAAGCUACAAAGUACUUACGCUGAGCUCUUAGAAUACAAGAUUGUGCUGCAAAAGGCUGGUGAAUUCUUUCCUUUAGCUCAAAGAAGUGCUACAGCUCAACAAAGAGAAUUUGAAGCACAGCAUAUGGGUGAUGGAUCCAUUGACAGUCCUUUACUAUUGGAGCAAGAAAUGAUAACAGAUCCAUCAAAGCAAGUCAAGUUGGGUUCUUUCACUGGCCUGGUGCCAAGAGAGAAAUCUAUUGCUUUUGAGAGGAUUUUGUUUCGUGCAACCAGGGGUAAUGUGUUUUUGAAGCAAGCCGUGAUUGAAGAUCCAGUUAUAGAUCCUAUCUCUGGAGAGAAGGUUGAUAAAAAUGUGUUUGUUAUCUUCUACUCUGGUGAGCGAACAAAGAAUAAAAUUCUAAAAAUUUGUGAAGCAUUUAGAGCAAAUAGGUAUCCUGUUGCUGAUGACAUGGCCAGGCAAUAUCAGAUGAUAAGAGAGGUGUCAGAAAAACUUUCAGAGUUGAAGACCACUAUAGAUGUGGGACUGUUGCACCGGGCAAAUAUGUUGCAGACAAUCGGAAGCCAAUUUGAGCUCUGGAACAUUAUGGUGAAGAAAGAAAAAUACAUCUACCAUGUGUUGAAUAUGCUCAGCUUUGAUGUGACAAAGAAGUGUCUAGUGGCAGAAGGUUGGUGUCCGGUUUUUGCCACUAGUCAGAUCCAAAAAGUGCUGCAGCGGGCAACUCUUGACUGCAAUUCACAAGUUGGAGCAAUUUUCCAUGUUUUGCACACAGAGGAAUUUCCUCCUACGUAUUUCCGCACAAACAAAUUUACCAAUGCUUUUCAAGAAAUUGUGGAUGCAUACGGAGUGGCGAAGUAUCAAGAAGCAAAUCCUGGGGUUUACACGAUUAUUACAUUUCCUUUUCUUUUUGCUGUGAUGUUUGGUGACUGGGGCCACGGAAUAUGCUUGUUAUUGGCAACAUUAUAUUUCGUGAUGCAGGAAAAGAAGUUCUCCGGACAGAAGCUUGGGGACAUCACAGAGAUGAUUUUUGGUGGGCGUUAUAUCAUCAUGAUGAUGGCAGUGUUCUCAAUUUAUACAGGCUUCAUAUAUAACGAAUUCUUUUCUGUUCCAUUUGAACUAUUUGGGCCUUCUGCCUACCAAUGUAAACAGCUUUCCUGCAGGGAUGCAACUACAUCGGGUUUGGUUAAGGUUGGCCCCACUUAUCCGUUUGGAGUAGAUCCUAAGUGGCACGGCACUCGUACUGAGCUUCCAUUUCUCAAUUCACUGAAAAUGAAAAUGUCCAUCUUACUGGGAGUAGCCCAGAUGAAUCUCGGGAUUGUGCUGAGCUACUACAAUGCAAAAUUCUUCAAAAAUGAUUUGAAUAUCUGGUACCAAUUUGUCCCACAGAUGAUAUUCUUGAACAGCCUGUUUGGCUACCUCUCGCUCCUUAUAAUCAUCAAAUGGUGCACAGGGUCACAAGCUGAUUUAUAUCAUGUAAUGAUAUAUAUGUUCCUGAGUCCUACUGAUGACCUCAGGGAGAAUCAGCUGUUCGUGGGCCAGAAAUUCCUGCAGAUUAUAUUGCUUUUGUUGGCUAUUGCUGCAGUACCCUGGAUGCUAUUCCCAAAGCCUUUUCUAUUGAAGAAGCAACAUGAGGAAAGGCAUCAAGGUCGAUCCUAUGCACUGCUACAUAAUAUUGACGACCCUCUUGAAACAGACCUUCACGAGGAUUCUCAUGACCAUAAGGAGUUUGAGUUUGGCGAGGUCAUCGUGCACCAACUUAUUCAUACUAUAGAAUUUGUUCUUGGUGCUGUCUCAAAUACAGCCUCAUAUCUACGGCUGUGGGCCCUCAGCCUGGCCCAUUCCGAGUUGUCGAGUGUGUUUUACGAUAAAGUCUUACUUCUUGCCUGGGGGUUUAACAGUAUCAUCGUACUUAUCGUCGGCAUCAUCAUAUUUGUUUGUGCAACUGUUGGUGUGCUCCUUGUAAUGGAGACCUUGAGUGCUUUCCUACAUGCUCUGCGACUCCACUGGGUUGAGUUCCAGAAUAAAUUCUAUGAAGGAGACGGAUAUAAGUUCUUUCCCUUCUCAUUCACAUCCAUUCAGGACGACGAAGAAUGAUAGAAUCAGCCUACACUCAGUAAUUAUAUGUGUAUAUGUAUAUCAAUACAUUCAUUUCAGCAUUGUUAGGUAUUCCAGGGAAGCUCAUGAAAUCCAGUCCUCCAAGAAGAGCAGCUUUAGGUGAUUGUUUUGCCCCCGACAGAGUCAUUUAGUCAUCCCUUUCCCACUUAUUCUUUUGGCAUGUGAUUCAUCGAAUGUACAAUUCAUGGGGCCAUAGAGAAAUCUGUGAUUGUUUAAUUUUGAUGCAGAAGUUUACGCUUAGGAGUUUGUAGUUGAUUGUGGAUUUGGAACAAUAUAUCACGACUGAUGUAGUCGGAGAUGUUUAAGUGCCGACAAAUUCAAUAAAGAUUUGUUUCUUUCUUCAGAUA